AAGUCUCCAACCACACCUACCAACAUGAGAGGUAGUUAAGCAACAAAACCUAAUGCUUAUGUACGUACCUGGAAAGAGGGAGAUUAUAUAGAAGAGACUGAAGCACAUUUCAGAGAGAUCUCCAUUGCAGAAGCAGAGAGAGCGGAGUCACAAAGCGGAGAGUGAGAUCCUGAGAGUCGAGACACAUAUAUUAGCCAUGGGGUUCGGCGUGGUGUCCAUCCUGAACGCCGUGUUCCGGCGCGCCUUCACCUCCGCCGGCCUCCGGUCCAGCUCCACCGCCGUCGACGCCGACACCACGCUCCACUUCUGGGCCAGCCCCUCCCUCGUCCCCCCUUCCUCCGACUCCAAAUCCAGCUCCAAGAAUGGCAGCAACAUCAAGCAACGGCGGCCGGUGGUGGUGCUGAUCCACGGCUUCGGCCCGGACCCGACGUGGCAGUGGGCGUCGCAGGUGGGCCCGCUCUCCCGGCACUUCGACAUCCUCGUCCCCACGCUCCUCUUCUUCGGCCCCUCCACCACCCGCUCCCCGGACCGCUCCGACGCCUUCCAGGCCGCCAACAUCGCCUCGCUCCUCGCCGGCGUCGGAGGCGGCGAGGAGGAGCCGAGGGAGGUGCACGUGGUGGGCACCAGCUACGGCGGGUUGGUGGCGUACCACCUGGCCCGUGCGCUGCAAGUGCAGGGAGGGAGGUGGAGGGUGGGGAAGGUGGCGCUGUGCAGCUCGGACCUGACCAAGGGGCCGGAGGACGACCGGGCGCUGGCGGCGAAGGGCGGCGUGGCGGAGGUGACGGAGCUGAUGGUGCCGGCGGACACCAAGGCGCUGCGGCGGCUCAUGGCCAUCGGCGCCCACGACCCGCCCAAGUACCUCCCCGAGUGCCUCGCGCGCGAACUCCUCCGGAAAUGCUUCGGUGCCCAAAGAGAGGGGAAGAUACAGCUCAUCAAGGGGAUCGCCACCGGGCAUGGCUUCAAGAUCGCUCCUCUCCCUCAGGAAGUGUUGAUCGUUUGGGGAGAGUUCGACCAGAUUUUUCCGUUGGAGAAAGCCCACAAGGUCAAAGAGAAGCUUGGCGAGAAGGUGACGCUGAAGAUUAUCCCCAAUACGGGUCAUCUGCCGCAACAGGAGGAUUCCAAGCUCUUCAACAAAAUCCUCAUCGACUUCUUACUACCUUCGCCGCCCAUUUCUGCUUCCGUGAAAUAGCACAUGAUGUUCGAGUUUCCAACGGGCCCGUUGUAUUGUAACUGAGGGUAUAAGAAACGAAAUACUUGCACAUUCUUUUUCUCACCCGUUAAUAUUUUGCUCCGCCUACAUCCCUCAGUCGAUUGAUAUUUUCUUAUGUCACAAUCGGAAGGCAUGUAGGGGGAUUUUCCAAGAUUUUAUAUUAGAGAUAGUGGUGUGGUGAAACGGGUGAUAUUUUUGAGGUUUUGAUGGAGUGAGUAGAAAGGUAGGAAAACUUUCAAAAAUAACUGCUAUACGGAGAUUGGAGCUUCGUCGGUUCACUUGUCAAGCCCAUGUGGUUGCUAACUCACAUCGACAUCCUCCACUCCCGGGGCACAGUUUUUGGGUGAAAGCUUAGGCCCUGCUGCUCAGGGCCGGACUACGGCGUCGAUCCAUGUCACUUCCCUCUUGGGGGUGUCGUCUUGAAGACUUUUUUUCCAGCGUGCUUUCCUGAGGCUGGACUUGUACAUCAUCGCGGCGGGUGGCCGACGUUGUGUGAUGACCGUGUGGUGGCUUGUGUGGCAACGAUGGUGGUGUUGAGUGAUGGUCGGGUAACGUCAAGACCUUGGCUGACGCGUCCGAGUUUCUUCUUCUUGUGCUUCGCUUGCGGUGGAGUCGGCGGAGCUGCUAUGGUUUGUCGAGAGUCUUCAUUUGAGCAGCGUACGAUGACCUGCAGGGUGGCCUUGUGGUGAUGAUCUUCCUCGGCGCAUGUCUUGCGCUUAUCCUCUUCGGAUCUCGUCAUCAGAGUCGGAGUUGACUGCUGCUUCACGAGGAGUAUCUUGUUUGGCGUUGGCCGGCUUCCAUGGUACCGCUUCGGCGAGGUCUUCGUGGUUGGUACUUCAGUGAAGUCAGAGUCGCUGUCCCCCGCGGGGGUGGUGCUCCAUAACGGUCACCGAGGCACUUGUUUCGGUUUUUUGCUGGUUUUCGCUAAUAAACUGGUCGAUUUCUAUA